AUGACAUUGGUCGAGAGAAGCCCAUCGAGCAACACAUCAUGCAACCGUGAAUGUCUGGAAACGAUGAUCACGGAAGUCCUGGAUUCAAUGGUGGCGCACGACCCAUUCAGACUUCCAUUGGCAGAAGUUUACAAGGCAACCGAGAAUGCGCACCCGGCAGCCCUCAACAUGAUGACUCUCUGGCGGACUGUCACGAAAGCCAGCUCACCGAGCCUACUGGCCAUCGACAUCUCACAAGGUCAGGCAUACUUCACCGUACCUAUUACUGAAGGAAACGCCACAAUUCAAAACAUCCUCUGGGGGCGCAUCAAAGUAUCCUCGCAAUUAUUUAGCGAGUUUGAGCUAUUCGUCAAUCGCGGUAAAGGCGAGGACGGAUUCGCCUUCGAUGUCGAGAAUCUGGCCCAGAACUUCAAGCGCUGGCAGAGCCCGCCCACAAAUCGAACGAAAGCAACCCGCGAUCAGCUGGCGCGCAUUGCUGCCUCGAGCUUUAACGCAAAUGACAACUUUACGGUAGAUAUGGCCUCAGACUGCCAGUUCACUGAGAUGGGCUGGGUGGUAAAGAAUGCUGCAUGUAACUGGAUGUCAGACCGACCUACUGAUUUGAAUGCCCGGACUCUGGUCAUCGAUGAGGAACUGGGGAUUGUCGUCACGGCAGGCGUGGUUCCGGGUAAGGUUUACCCCUACGCGACCUUCUCCGCAUUUAUCCCGGAUUCGAUGAAAUCUUCGCAGGAGACGCAGGAUACGUGGUAUUCUAUUCAAAGUUCUGAGGGGUAUAUAUAUUUGGUCGAACCGAUGGCGACCCUGGCGACCAGUUUCAAUGUUUUCCAGUAUUACAAUGAUCAGCUUCAGGGUGAGCAAUUCUUGGUUUACCUCACUGGUCCGCGGAAUGGAACUAGUUGGGCAUGA